CCUUUGGUGCUUCGCGUUCGGUACAUACAUUUCUCAUGGUAGUUUAGGCUGCGUUGCUUUGAGAUGUUUUGGCCCUAUCCUUGAAUUUGAUGGCAAAGACUUGAACCCGAUUGCCUUUACACGAAAUGCAUAUAUAAAUCAUGUCGAGCAUCCAUAGUUCCAGCACUGACGGCGAUGAUACCGCGAAUAUCAUCGUGAUCACCGAAGCCGGCGACUUGCUCCUCGAAGUAAGAGAUGAAAAGCUCAACCAAGCAUUUACCUACCGCGUCGACAUAAACCGCACAUCGCAGGCUUCAGCUUAUUUCCAUCGCUUGCUGGAUCCAAACAAGUUUGAAGAGGGCUCCACGGUUUCCGUGAAGCUAGAAGUAUUAAGAAAAUGUCAUAAAAACUUCUCUGAUGUUCCAAUGGAAGAGCUACCGCGUAUUAGAAUCUCAAAUAUUGGGAGGAUAUCAAAAGUGAGCAGCAUCAAACAACUUUUUGGAGAUUUUUUGAAAGUGCUUCAUGGGCAAGACAUCGGACCACCGUCGCCAGGCGCAGCUGCCAUCCCGCUCGGAAACCUCGCAAACCUCGCUGUUGUGGCCGAUCGAUUCGAUGCUCUUCCUCAUGUCACCGCGUACAUUCGUCGGAAGCGUUUUCUCGAGACACUGGAUGCGAGGGGUAAGGCAAAGCCAGCAAAGGCGUCCGAAGAACGUCUUAGGCAGAGACUGCUCGUGGGUGCUCUAUUUGACCAUUCUCCUUGGAUCAUGUCUGCAAGUCAAAAUCUGAUUAUUACGGGAUCCGCGCGCUGGAAGCCAGAGGCGUCAGCAGAUGAUGACCUCCCUCUGUGGCAUGAUUUGCCUCUGGGCCUGGAAGACGAACUGAUCAUGCGCCGUAAUUAUGUGCUCGAUACGCUGCAAUCGCUUGCCUUGCACUUUGUUCAAGCGUACUCGUCUGGUGUCCAGCAAUGCCGGCUAGGGUAUGCAUCGUCCUGGGUUUGUGAUAGCUUUCAGUUGGGCGAGAUGACCAAGUUCUUGAAGAAGAAUAAUUUGAUCAAGAUAGCACCUAUCUUAACUGGUCAAGAAGAAAUUGAUCCGUACUCUGGGGACAUUGAGCGUAUCCUCGACAUCUAUAAAUCAUGUCCAACAUAUAAGAUGGAUGAAUAUCAUAACCAUUGUGGAAUGCGAACCCGAUUGGUGCCAAUUAUAGAGCAUCUGGAGAUAUUGCUGCGAGCGAGCUCUCUGCACGGCGUAGGUAUCUGCGGUGAAUGUUGGAAGACACAUCGUAUAAAAUAUGCCUGGACUGAUGCUAUGAGACCCGUAGGCUGGCAAGCUCCUGUGCCACGACCUCCCUCUCAUCUAACGAUAAAACAUCCAGGGUCAGAAGCCUGCUUGCAGCAACACAUUGCAAUCCGUAACAUGUUUUUAGCAGUCGAAAGACUAUGGACAUUCAAUGAAGACCGCUCUGAAGGGAUUAGGUUUGGAAAGACGACGCCAUUUUUGAAGUACGAUUGAACAAAUUUAUGUUUCAGAUAGAA